AUGGGGUGCCGGGCCUGGGUCCCCAGCCCCUGCCUGACAUCCAGGCUGUCCCUGCUGCUGCUGCUGCUGCUGCUGCUGCUGCCACUUCGAGGGGCCCAGCCCCAGGCCGGCGGGAACCGGACAGAAGCUCCAGAGCCGGAUGCCACCGUGACCACGGGGACCCCGACCUCAGCUUUGAGUGCUCCCGGGUCAGAGGCACCCGAUGUGGUGGGACCCAGCCCCCCAGCCAGGGCCGCUCCUGGGAGGCGCAAUGGCCCUAGAGACCCAGUGCUCACGGAGAACGGGCAGCCCUGCAGGUUCCCCUUCCGCUACGGUGGCCGCAUGCUGCACUCCUGCACCGCCGAGGGCAGCGCCCACAGGAAAUGGUGCGCCACCACGCACAACUACGACCGCGACCGGGCCUGGGGCUACUGCGCGCAGCCCGCCACACCCCGCCAGGGCCCGCCUGCCCUGGAUCCCUGUGCCUCCAAUCCCUGCCUCAACGGGGGCUCCUGCUCCAGUGCCCAGGACGCUGCCUACUACCACUGCACCUGCCCCCUGGCCUUCACUGGCCCCGACUGUGGCACCGAAAAAUGCUUCGACGAGACCCGCUAUGAGUACCUGGAGGCGGGAGCCAGUUGGGUGCGCGUGCACCAGGGCCGCGUGGAACAGUGCGCGUGCGAGGGGGGCCAGGUGCGGUGCGAGGCCACCCGCCACACAGCGUGCCUGAGCAGCCCCUGCCUGCACGGCGGCACCUGCCACCUGGUCGUGGCCACCGGGACCAGUGUGUGCACCUGUCCCCAGGGCCGCGCCGGGCGGCUCUGCAACAUCGAUCCCGCCCAGCGCUGCUUCCUGGGGAAUGGCACGGAUUACAGGGGCGUGGCCAGCACCGCAGCCUCGGGCCUCAGCUGCCUGGCCUGGGACUCGGACCUGCUCUACCAGGAGCUGCACGUGGACUCGGUGGACGCAGCGGCCCUGCUCGGCCUGGGCCCCCACGCCUAUUGCCGGAACCCGGACAAGGACGCGAGGCCCUGGUGCUACGUGGUCAAGGACAGCGCGCUGUCCUGGGAGUACUGCCGCCUGCCGGCCUGCGAGUCCCUCGGCAGGCGGCAGCCGGCGCCCGGGGUGCUGCUGGCCCUGCCCGAGCCCGCGCAGCCGCCCCCCGCGGGGCGCCCGAGCUGCGGCCGGCGGCACAAGAAGAGGACGUUCCUGCGGCCGCGCAUCCUCGGGGGCUCGUCCGCGCUGCCCGGCUCGCACCCCUGGCUGGCGGCCGUCUACGUGGGGGGCGGCUUCUGCGCCGGGAGCCUGGUGCACACCUGCUGGGUGGUGUCCGCCGCGCACUGCUUCGCCGGCAGCCCCCCCAGGGACAGCGUCUCAGUGGUGCUGGGCCAGCACUUCUUCAACCAGACGACGGACGUGACGCAGACGUUCAGCAUCGAGAAGUACAUCCCCUACCCCCUGUACUCCGUGUUCAACCCCAACGACCACGACCUGGUUCUGAUCCGGCUGAAGAAAAAGGGGGACCGCUGUGCUGUCCGCUCCCAGUUUGUCCAGCCCAUCUGCCUGCCUGAGCCAGGCAGCUCCUUCCCCGCCGGGCAGAAGUGCCAGAUCGCCGGCUGGGGCCACCAGGACGAGAACGGGGGUGGCUACUCCAGCUCCCUGCGGGAGGCGCUGGUGCCCCUGGUCGCCGACCACAAGUGCAGCAGCCCCGAGGUCUACGGGGCCGACAUCAGCCCCAACAUGCUGUGCGCCGGCUACUUCGACUGCAAGUCUGAUGCCUGCCAGGGGGACUCGGGCGGGCCUCUGGCCUGCGAGAAGGACGGGGUGGCCUACCUGACCGGCAUCAUCAGCUGGGGCGACGGCUGCGGGCGGCUCAACAAGCCUGGCGUCUACACCCGCGUGGCCAACUAUGCAGACUGGAUCAAUGACAGGAUUCGGCCCUCCAAGCGCCCCUCCUGAGCCCGGGGUGCCCCUCCCAAAUGCAAUAAAGAGCUUU